AUGGGUUCGAACCUCAUCGUUCCCGCCGGCCACGCUGAUGGCAACUCAGCGCCAGAUCGGAUCAAGUUUGCCUAUUGGGUUCCGAAUGUGUCGGGCGGACUUGUGAUAUCCAAGAUUCCGCAGCGCACUAAAUGGGACCUCGAGUCCAAUGUCAAGUAUGCCCAAACAGCAGAGAAUGUAGGCUUCGAAUAUGCGCUCUCACAGAUCCGGUUUAUGGCUGGCUACGGCGCCGAGUACCAGCAUGAGCCUGUCUCCUUCUCUCAAGCGCUGCUUCAUCAAACCAAAAAGCUCAAUCUCAUCGCGGCACUCCUCCCUGGUCCGUGGAAUCCUGCGGUUGCAGCCAAGCAGAUCGCCAGCAUCGACCAUUAUUCUAAUGGCAGGGUGGCAGUCAAUAUUGUUUCAGGAUGGUUCAAAGCCGAGUUUACCAGCAUCGGCCAAUGGUGGCUCGACCAUGCAGAGCGUUAUCGACGAUCGAGAGAGUUUAUCACUUGUCUUAAGGGGAUUUGGACACAAGACAAGUUCACUUUCCAAGGUGACUUCUACCAGUUCCAUGACUAUACGCUUCAGCCCAAACCUCUGAAGUGGGAAGGGAGAGAUCACCCCGAGAUUUUCCAAGGGGGAAAUUCGAUUGAUGCGAGGGAGAACGCCGCAACAGUGUCUUCGUACUAUUUCAUGAACGGCAACACCCUCGAAGGCUUCCAGACGCAGAUCGCCGACGUCAGGGAGCGCGCUCGCCGUGAAGGCCGGGAAGAUCAAGUCAAAUUCGCGGUCAACGGAUUCGCCAUAGCGCGUGAGACGGAAGAGGAGGCAAUCCGCGUCCUCCAGGAGAUUCAAGGCAAGGCGAAUAAAGAAGCCGUCGAGGCAUUCGGCGACCAAGUUAAGAACGCAGGGGCAUCGACCGCUAACAAGACCGGUAUGUGGGCGAAUAGCAAGUUUGACGACCUGGUGCAAUACAAUGACGGCUUCAAAACAAAGCUCAUCGGAACGCCCCAGCAGAUUGCCAAUCGCAUCCUGCUCCUGAAGAGUCUGGGUGUUAGUAUACUGCUGGUAGCAUUUCUCCACUACGACGAGGAGAUUGAGCAGUUUGGAAAGGAGGUUAUUCCUUUGGUCCGGAAACUGGAGGCCGAAGGUAGAGGGAAAGAUGCUGAGUACGAGAUCAAGUUGACAGGCGAUGUGUACAAAGCUAGGCAGCCUGAAAAGGCCAAGAGCUCGUAG